AUGUUGGGGACCUACUCCGCCUGCAGGCUGACCGUGGCCUUAGACGCAAAACUCACGGUCGAAACAAAUCCGAAACAACACUCUCUCUCUUCCCCCUCCCCCUUCCCUGCCGCCCCACUCGCCAGACUGGUGGGUGAGUCCGCUCACACUGGCGGCCUGGAAUGUUCGUUCCCUUUUAGACCAUCCGAGGAACAGCCCACCGGAAUGGAGGACUGUGCUAGUGGCUCGGGAACUGGCGCGCUACAAGGUGGACAUCGCCGCACUCCGCGACACCCGAUUCACCGAACAAAGCCAACUGGAGGAGGUGGGUGCCGGCUACACCUUCUUCUGGAGCGGUCGCCCCAGGGCAGAACGACGAGACGCGGGUGUCGCAUUCGCCAUCCGGAAUGACAUCGUAGGACGACUGCCCUGUCUGUCCUAGAGCAUCAACAAUCACAUGAUGAGCCUCCGCCUGCCUUUUCGGAAGGCGAAUUUGCCACCAUCGCCACAGUCUUUACUUCCCCGGUGACCAGCCCUGACGCUACAAGGGAUAAAUUCUACGAGGACCUGCACGCCCUCCUGGCGGAUAAUCUGCUUGUCCUUGGUGAUUUCAACGCCCGCAUCGGCACAGACCAGGCUGCCUCGAGAGGUGUGCUGGCUCCCCAUGGUAUCAACAGCUCCUAUGACAAUGGUCUACUUCUCCUACGAACCUGCACCGAACAUCGGCUCAUCCCGGCCAACGCCUACUUCCGCCUCCCGACGCGAAAGAAUGCAAUCUGA